CAUCCCUUCAAGCUCCCCAUGGCCAACCCAUACACCUUCCUUAAGCCUCACAUAGAACACCUCUGGUUCCAAAGAAGCUUGGUCUCUCCACCCCCUCCUCCAUUCACAAAGGAAGCACUCCCUCUUCUCAGCCUCCUACCUCCAAGCCAUGACUACAACCACUAUCACAACAAGGAUCAGCUGUGGAAGAAGGAAAAGGGGGUUAUGGAGGGUGUGGAUAUCAAACUCCGAAUUGGCCCCCCGUCUCCAAACCGUGAUUUCCCGCUCAAUCUUGCUAAAAGUGCUACCAUCGCCAGUGCUGGCGAUAACAAGGUGGAAGAAUACGAAGAGCUGGGAUUAGAAGGGGGUACUGCUGGUGACGGCCGCUGCUUGGAGUACUUCGCCAUCGGGAAGCUUACCAAGGGAAACUAUUGGAUCCCUACCCCAGCUCAGAUCCUCUUUGGCCCCACGCUCUUCGCCUGCCCGGUGUGCUGCAAGACAUUCAGCAGAUACAACAACCUGCAGAUGCACAUGUGGGGGCACGGGCCGCAGUACCGGCGCGCCCCGGGCUCGCUCCGCGGCGCGCAGCCGGCGGCGAUGCUCCGGCUGCCGUGCUUCUGCUGCGCGCCGGGGUGCCGGAACCACGUGGACCACCCUCUUGCGCGGCCGCUCAAGGACUUCCGGACCCUGCAGACCCACUACCGGCGCAGGCACUGCGCGCGGCCCUUCCUCUGCCGCCGCUGCGGCAAGGCCCUCGCCGUGCGCGGGGACUGGCGCACGCACGAGAAGAACUGCGGCCGCCGAUGGCGCUGCACCUGCGGCUCCGACUUCAAGCACAAGCGCUCGCUCAAGGACCAUGUCCGCGCGUUCGGGCGCGACCAUGUCGAGGAGCAUCCAUCGGCCGGCGUCGUCGGCAGCAACCACGGUGGAGCCGGCGAGGACCCGGGUCCUGGAGGUCAGAUGUAG